AUGUUCACCCAGGCUUUCACCACUUUCAUCGUCGGUGCCUCGCUGCUUGGCCUCGCAGCCCCCGCCAUGGCCUUUGACAUGUCGGCCAAUACCAACUUGGCAGUUUACUGGGGCCAGAACUCGUAUGGGGCUACCCACACGAGCGACACCGCAAACUGGCAGCAGCCCAUUGAGUAUUAUUGCCAGGACGACAGCAUCGACACGAUCCCGAUCGCGUUUGUUAUCGAGUUCUUCGGUACCGGCAAUAUCCCAGUGAUGAACCUCGCCAAUACCUGCAACAACGUGGACAACAGUACCUUCUCUGGCACUGAUAUGCCCGACUGUUCAGCUCUGGCUGCCGGCAUUGAGGCAUGUCAAGCGAAGGGGAAGACUGUGACAAUCUCCCUCGGCGGUGCUACUGGGGCGAUCGGGUUCACCAGCGACUCGCAGGCGCAAACAUUUGCGCAAACUAUUUGGGAUUUGUACCUCGGAGGAUCGAGCACUACGCGUCCGUUCGGUGCCGCGGUUCUUGAUGGUGUUGAUCUCGACAUCGAGGGUGGCUCUACUACGGGUUACUCCGCUUUUGUCACUGCCCUUCGUACCCUCAUGGACGGCGGCGACAAGUCCUACUACAUUACUGCUGCGCCCCAGUGCCCCUUCCCCGACGCGUACCUUGGCACCACGCUUGAUGAGGUUGGCUUCGAUGCUGUUUAUGUCCAAUUCUACAACAACUACUGCGGUGUCAACGACUACGGCAAUUCCAAUGACUGGGACUACAGCCUCUGGGACAACUGGGCGACCAACACCUCGCCUAACAAGAACGUGAAAGUCUACAUCGGUGCACCGGCAUCAUCCACUGCCGCAAACUCGGGAUACGUUGACGCGGCUACUCUCGGCUCGAUCUUGCAGGCAACAAAGGCGCAGUACGCCUCAUUCGGCGGUGCUAUGCUUUGGGACGCUUCGCAAGCCUAUGCUAACGGCCGCUACGACCAAGCCAUCAAGUCCGCACUCGGAGGCGGCUCUUCGGCACCCUCCUCUACCUCCUCUGCCCCCACAUCGACGACUGCGCCCACCUCUACGGCCUCGACGGCGACUUCCAGCGCUCCGAGCCCAACAACUACGUCGUCCGGCACCUGCACCGGUGUCUCGGCGUGGAGCUCUAGCACUGCCUACACCGGCGGUUCGCAGGUCACGUAUAACGGCAGCCUCUGGACGGCCAGCUGGUGGACGGAAGGCGACACCCCUGGUGGCUCUGCUGGUGUCUGGACCAGCGACGGCACCUGCGCGUCCCUUGGGAGGCGCGCCUCGCGUUUAUUCCGCCUUUGA